GAGAGAGUGCAUGUAACACUUCAGUACUGCACGGUAGUUGUUUGUGUCUUGUUUUGUUUGAAAGUUUCACUAAAAUAAAGAUUUGGAACUUUAAUCACGCUGCGCCUUGGUCCGUCUCUCCACACAAUCACGAACUGUUCUGUAGCUAUUGUCCUAGGGAACGUGGAGAGCUAUGUCGCUGUUCAACCCCUUGGCGUGGGUGCGAGAGUUGCUACGACAGAGCAGAGGCUCCUCCAGAUUGGUGCUGGUGGUCGUGUGUUGCCCUACUACUGGAUAGCAUGCUGCUUACUGUUGUCGGACACCUUCAUCCAGCAUGCAGAGGCUCUCUGAAGAGGGCUUCACAUUGGCCUCGGUCMACUCCUUCUACGACAACACUUCCUACAGCAUCAGGUGCUCUGAGAGCAACCUGUCUGAGGCCCUCCUCUUCAACAUCUCCAGAAACUCCAGCCAGGUGAAAGGCAGCACAUGCCAGGAGGACAGUGCCUUCUUGGACAAGGAGAAUGUUCGUGUGGGACUCCUCUUUGCCUCCAAGGCUCUGGUGCAGCUUCUGAUCAACCCCUUUGUGGGUCCCCUGACCAACAGAGUUGGACAUCACAUACCAAUGUUUGCUGGCUUCAUCAUCAUGUUUGUUUCAACAAUAAGUAUGCGUGUCUGACACUGACACACAGUUCUAACUUGUUACACACAGUUGAUAAUGAGAUAUAAUUGAGGUAGUGAUCUYUAUUAUACAUACCAUGACUGUUUCACAACUCCAAUGUGUCAUCUUCAGAUUUGAUUGUAUCUUACCACAGGGCAGUCAUAGUAACGCUGGUUGUGUCUGGUGGUUGUCAGUGUUUGCCUUUUCAGGUACAUACACCUUGUUGUUUUUWGCUUGCUCUCUUCAGGGAAUUGGUUCCUCAUUCUCCUCCAUGUUUUGUGUUUCACAAAAAUAUCCUAAUUCCCCAGUGUUGCAAUAGAAUAUGAACCAUUUUGUCCUAGCAUCUUAAUGUCUAAGUGAAAAGCAUGUCUUCUCCUGUAAGACUGGGAAUGUUGGCCAGUGUGUACACAAAUAAUGAGGAGAGAGGCRUAGCUAUGGGGAUCGCUCUGGGUGGACUGGC